AUGCGACCUCUUGUCGCCAUAUUUCUACUCCUGUUGUGCUAUCUGACUAGCCAGUCCACAGCCGCCAUCGCCAACUGUCCCGACUUGGACGUGCUCGAGAAUCAGUCCGAUCUCUCCCAAGACGAUCUCAACAACCUGAUCUUAUGCUUUUGCAAAGUGAGUCAUUCCCAGCACCGCAAUCUUUUUUCUUUUGUAAAGUGAAUCACUCAUCAUUAUUGCCUUUCAGCCCGAACAGAAUGACAAAGUUGCAAUUUCCUGUCUGUACGGCUCCAAUUUGGAUCAUUUGAUAAAGGCAACGGAAGCAGUGAAGAAUGCAAGUCUCUCAACAUCCUCAGUAAGUGUUCGAGGGACUUCAUUUUCCAGAAACCAUUUUCAGAUCAGCAUUCAACAUAUGGAAUUCCCCGAUAGUGGACUUCCCGAAUUUGGAAAGAUCGCUCCCGAACUGGAGAGUCUGGACAUCAGAGAGUGUACUGGCCAGGAUGAGCUGAAUGUCGGAGAAGACAGUUUCAAAGGACUUGAGCAGACGCUUCGUAAUCUGACUAUCCACUCUUGCAACCUUCAGGCAAGGGGAGAGUCCCCAGUACCCAAUAAUUUCAAGACAAUUUCAGACAAUUCCCAAGUCGAUCGAUGCCCUCGAGAAUCUUGAAACGAUGGCUUUUUCGAGCAACAAGCUUGACACUCUCGGAGUGGAUCAAUUCAAAAACAAGAAGCAGGUGAGUUGGUUUCCUUGUUUCCUGCAUAUUCUUCACGCAUCAAGCAAUUCAUCCGCUAAUGACAUUCUCGUGUCUGAUGUACUUCUCUAUUCUGCGCACUCGACAAAAAUCGCAUUUGUGUCCUUUUCGCCACGUUAUUACACCCCCGUCGGCGUGCUCUUUUCAAAGAAGAAGACGGCAUGUGGAAUAAAAGAGCAAAGAGAGCAGCAAUGAGCCGUGAGACAUAGUACGAACCGCACCGAACUGCCGCUUUCUGAAAGACACGUUUUAUGCGUCGGUGUUUCCUACCGCCCGCCAAUUAUUGUUUCUUCGGCAGGGCCGAUGACGUUACAAACUUGUCUCCGGCUUCUUCGCCUCGCUCGUUUUUAUGUACUUCACACUCGCUUCGCACAGAAAUCAAACACAUAGAAUGACGACGAAACCGUCUCGUAAUGGGGAACGAAUGUAUAUCUUUUUGCAGUUGGCAUAUCUCGAUGUGUCUGGAAACUUCAUAACAUCCAUCGAGGAGAAGGCGUUCGAACCGCUUACGUCUCUCGAGACACUCGUCAUUGGAGAACACAACUUUGUCAAUGACACGGUUAUUGAGGAAAUCGGUCGUCUGAAGGCACUCAAGGUGUGUCACAUGGGUCAUCUUCAGAAGGAUGUACUUAUUAGUUCAGACUCUCGAUUUGUCACGUGCCGAUGGGGUAUUCGAACCACCAGAGGCUUUGUUCAAGGAAAUCCCACAAAUCGAAGUGCUCAAACUCUCCGGAUGCUCGAUUCCUUCUUUGGAACCCGGACAGUUUGCCACUUUGAAGAAGCUGCGAGAGCUCGAUCUUCGAGUCAAUCUGAUCGAAAACAUCACCGCUUAUUCAUUCGAUGGACUUGAAAGCCUAUCCAGACUGUCUCUCGCCGGCAACUUCAUCUCGUUAGUUUUUCGUUGUUAUUUUUCCUUUGACAAAUAUUUUCUAGUAAGCUUGAGCCGGACGUGUUCUUUGGUUUGUCAAGCCUCGAGGACCUCGAUUUGGGAUGGAACGAGAUCAAAACAAUUCCAUCUGACGUUUUCAAGCCUCUUACUGAAAAGUUGACAGUGUUCAGUCUACGAAACAACCCAAUUGCUCAGCUCCCCGAAACUGGGCUUACGGCUCUUCAAAAGUUAUCUCUGGCUGAGUGCGGAUUUACUACCAUUACGGCUGAUCAGCUGAAGGACUAUCCGAAACUAGAAGAAUUGGAUCUUUCCAAGUGCAACAUCUCAAAGAUCGAAGAAAAUACAUUCACAAACCAAAAUGCCACUCUCAAGAAGUUGAGUCUUCAGAAAAACAAGCUGAAAUCCCUUCCGAAUGUAUGUCUCUCGUACUAUUAGCUGUGAGAAAAAAAUAUUCUGUUUCAGCUGCUCAAGAACCUUCCGGCUGUUGAAACGCUCGACAUUUCAUCGAAUCCAUUCCUUUGCGACGGAGAACUUGCCCAUUGUAAGUGUUCCAUUUCAAUUUACAAUAACCCUAAGUUAUCACUUCAGUUGUAUUCGGAGUAGAGGACCGUGUGAAGCAAACCGAGGAGAAUGGAAACUCGUUCUUCAUAACGAAUGCUAACGAAACGCUUUGCGAUCGUCCGUACACUCUACGUGGAGAGCAAAUUCUCCAAGUUGAAACUGAGAAGUUGCAACCAUAUGAUGAGAAGGCCGACACCACAACCGCACCAACAACUACCACGACAUCUGCGGUCGAAGAAACGACGACUGAGUUCAAGAUUGUGAGUUGUGAUGGGUUGAUGAACUUGGACAAUGCUCUGCUUUUCAGCCAGAUAUUCUCGUGGGCAGCAAAACUAACGACACUUUGUUCAAGGAGGAGCCACGUCGCGACGUGUACGACCUCUCGAAAACGGACGAUGCGAAGGGUGUCUACAACCAAAAAGGUGAGUUGGUCAACGAUAACAAUACGAAUAUGAGCAAACCUGGGCGCAUUCGCCAGUUUGUUUAUGGCAUCGGACCCCCGGAAAGAGAGAGAGAGAGAGCGGAUUUCUACUCGCAAGCGAUAGCAUCCGCUUCCAAUCAAAGAGUGACAAGUUGGUCGGCGAGCUGCCAGAUUGGCCGCCCUUCUUCGCUUUUCUUCCCUCUGUCACAUAAACAUUGUGUUGUGUGACUCACUCCUCCUCCAUCUCUUUCCCAACCAUUCUUAUUCUUUUCUCACAUCUUUUUCUUUUUCAAAACGCACGCGACACCAUGGAUGGUAAGUUGGGUUUCUCUCGGAAUUCUUUGAAUUCUUUCUUUCGCAAAUCCUAUGGUUUAGGCACAUACGCUGUUCCAAUCACUAUCGGAGCAAUUGCUCUCGUCUCCGCAAUUAUCAUUGUUGCUGUCGUUCUUUUUCUCAAGGUAUUCAGAAGAAGAUUUACAUGGUUUCGCAAUAGUUAAUCUAUUUCAGAAGAAUCGUAAAGUGAGCACUGAGAAGACGGACGGGAAAGGAAAGGCGACAAAGGAGAAGGCGGCGAAGUUGGAGGACGGAAUGGUCGAGAUCGAACUGGAUUCGCAGCCGGGAACUCAACAUGCCACGCCUCGCAGAUGA